AUGCCUCCCGCAAAUGGCCGAUAUAAAAUCAAGCCUAAACGACACCAUGCGUAUACCGUAUUUAUAUUUGUGAUCGGAUUCUUACUCCCACCAUUCGCUGUCGCCGCACGCUUCGGCAUUGGCAAAGACUUUUGGAUAAAUGUCUUACUUACGAUAUGUGGCUACGUCCCAGGACAAAUUCACAAUUUUUAUAUUCAGACCAUCCGUGACAAUAAGAAUUCGCGACGGACACCCCAAUGGGCUCUCAAGCAUGGGCUUGUAGACGACUCGAGUAUUAACCGGCGUAAAAAGCGGAAGGAAUGGUCUCAUCGAUACAACGACCGACUGCCCCAGUCUGUGCUCGAUGGCGCCGAGUUUGCUCCAGACCAGAUCCCAGACUCCGAUCCCACGCCGGCACCUGCACCCACGGUCGGAGGAGCUCGUUCUCCUGCUGCCUUAUGGCGCGAGGACGACUCGGAAGGAUUCUACGAUAGAACCAAGAUGGAUGCACCACGAGAAACAUUUCAUCGACAUGGUUCGCAUCUCGCAGGGAACAAGCCCAAGAAGGGCUGGCGAUUUGACGGUGGGUUCCCGGACGAGGACGCCCAGACAGGUGCGGGCGGGUCGAUCUAUACGGAACCUGAACGCAAGUCUUGGAAAAAACGAUCGCAUAGGCCGUCGCGCCAGUCGUCCAUUGACACGGCGGGAACUCCGAGGUACGGAAGUCGAGUAUGGGAGGACCCACUCGCCAACGGAAGCAACCAUGAAGAUGCGAUUGUGCCCCGUGCGAAUGGAAGUACUGCGCAGACCAACAGGGUUGGAGACGGCCUCGACCACGAGUUCUAG